AUGGAUUCUAUAAUUGAGGCUUCCUCUGCUGCUAGUUCCCCUGUUUUUCUUUCUUCUGUUCAUCAUAGAACAAAGAAAAAUCUAACAAAUCAUCUACGCCAAUCAAUUUUUGAAACUCUGCUAAUACGAAGUAAGGAUGGAAAAUUGAAAAGGGGUUGUCAAACUGAGGUUGCUGUGAAGUUCUCUGUCCAUAUAAAAACUGUUCGUCGUAUUUGGCAGAGAGGAAUAGCUUGUAUGGAAAAUGGGUUAAUGGUCAAUGUAUCUAGCAAAUUAACAAAUUCUGGCCGCAAGCAAGUUCAACUCAACUUUGGGAAAGUCACUGAAAUUCCUCUUCGUCGUCGAACCAAUAUCCGCUCAUUGUCAAAGGCAUUGAAUCUUCCAAAAUCAACAGUUCAUAGGAGAAUUAAAGAAGGCAAAAUUAGGCCGCACUCAAAUGCGUUGAAACCGUAUCUAUCUAAAGAAAAUAAGAGAGCGAGACUCCGAUUUUGUCUUUCAAUGCUUAAGCCUAAUAGUCUUCAAGGCCAGCCAAUGUUCGAAUCCAUGUAUGACUAUGUGCACAUUGAUGAGAAGUGGUUUUACAUCUCCAAAGAAGCAGAGAGGUAUUACCUUCUUCCUGAAGAAGAAGAACCACAUCGUUGUUGUAAAAGUAAACGUUUCAUUACAAAGGUAAUGUUCCUUGUAGCAGUUGCUCGGCCACGGUUUGAUGAAAAUAAAAAUGAAGAAUUUUUAGGUAAAAUUGAAAUUUGGCCAUUCACAUACAAGGAACCAGCUAAAAAGAAUAGUAAGAAUCGUGCAGCUGGUACACUUGAAACAAAGGCAAUUGUAUCGGUAACAAAAGAUGUUAUUCGUGCAUGUUUGAUUGAGAAGGUUCUAUCUGCAAUUCAAUCUAAAUGGCCAUGUUCCAGUGCAAUGAACACUAUAUUCAUUCAACAAGAUAAUGCAAGACCACAAGUUGAUCCAUUUGAUGUUGAAUUUCUUGAAGCUGCAAGUAGAGAAGGUUUUGAUAUUCGUUUAUCGUAUCAACCCCCAAACAGCCCGGAUAUGAAUGUUUUGGACCUCGAAUAUUUAGAGCGAUUCAAUCUUUGCAAUAUCAAGAAGCACCCACAAAUAUAG